UUGAUGGAGAACAGGACAGAAGUGACACACUUCAUCCUGCUGGGACUGACCAAGGAGCCAGGUCUUCAGCUUCCCCUCUUUGUGACCUUCCUCCUCAUCUACACCAUCACUCUGGCUGGGAACCUGGGGAUGAUCCUGUUGAUUGUCUUGGACUCCCGUCUCCACACUCCCAUGUACUUUUUCCUGGGUCACCUGUCUCUGGUGGACUUGUGCUACUCUUCAGCUGUCACUCCCACGGUCAUGCCUGGGCUUCUUCCUGGAGACGAGGUCAUCUCCUAUGGUGCUUGUGUUGCACAGAUGUUCUUUUUUACAGGUUUUGCUACUGUGGAAAAUUUCCUGCUGGCCUCAAUGGCCUAUGAUCGCUAUGCAGCAGUGUGCAAGCCCCUGCACUACACCACCACCAUGACGACACGUGUGUGUAUUGGGCUGAUCGUAGGCUGCUAUGUCUGUGGCUUUUUGAGUGCCUCAGUCUACACGGGGAACACGUUCAUUCUCUCUUUCUGCAAGAACAAUGUGGUCCAUCAUUUUUUCUGUGAUAUUCCAGCAGUUAUGGCUCUCUCUUGCUCUGAUAGACAGGUCAAUGAGUUGAUUCUUAUUUAUGUAGCCAGCUUCGAUAUUUUUGUUGCUCUCCUUGUUAUCUUAAUUUCCUAUAUAUUGAUUUUUAUCACCAUCCUGAAGAUGCACUCAGGUGCAGGACACCAGAAGGCUAUGUCCACCUGUGCCUCCCACUUCACUGCCAUUUCUAUUUUCUAUGGUACGAUUAUCUUCAUGUAUUUACAGCCCAGAUCCAGUCAUUCACUGGAUACUGCCAAAAUCACAUCUGUAUUCUACACUUUGGUCAUUCCAAUGUUGAACCCUAUGGUCUACAGCCUACGGAACAAAGAGGUAAAGAAGGCUUUCACAAAGAUUGUCUUGGAGGGAAAAUAA